GCCACCAGGGUUUCCACAUUUAGAGAUAGAACCUCUUAUUUGUAGGUCCAAUCCAGUCAUCUGAGAAGUAGAAUUGUUGAGAGAAUUGGGAUAUUUGGAAGAGAAACCCAGUAAAAACAAACCUACUGCUGUCGAGUCAAUUCCUACUCAUAGCGACCCUAUAAGACAGAGUAGAACUGCCCCACAGAGUUUCCAAAGAGUGCCUGGCAGAUUCGAACUGCCGACCCUUUGGUUAGCAGCUAUAGUACUUAACCACUAUGGCACCCAGUAGACAUUUCUAAAUGUUUAUUAAGUACAAACCACUGUAGAAGAUUAAUAGUGAAGAAGUGCUCCAUUACCUAAUGGGUAUACUAAUAAUUGUGUUCAUGAUUUCAUUACAGGUCUUUUUCUACUGAGCUCCCAUCUCUGAAACAGGUCUUGUAGAAGAGUAAUUGGGACACAGUAACAAUGUAACAGAUCUUGUCCUCCUGGGACUUACUCAGGAUCCUGAGGGCCAAAAAGCGUUAUUUGUCAUGUUUUUGCUCAUCUACAUUGUAAUGAUGGUGGGCAACUUGCUCAUUGUCAUGACUGCUAUUGUCAGCCCCUCCCUGGAUUCCCCCAUGUACUUCUUCGUUGCCUGUCACUCAUGGAUGCUGUUUUUUCCACUGCUGUUUCCCCUAAAAUGAUUGUAGACUUACUCUGUGAUAAAAAGACUAUUUCCUUCCCAGCUUGCAUGGGCCAGCACUUUAUAGAACAUUUAUUUGGUGGUGCUGAGGUCUUUCUUCUGGUGGCAAUGGCCUAUGACUGCUAUGUUGCCAUCUGUAAGCCACUGCAUUACUUGAUCAUCAUGAAUCAACAGGUUUGCAUUCUGUUGCUGGUGGUGGCCUGGGUUGGAGGUUUUUUGCACUCUGUGGUUCAACUUCUCUUUGUGUACAGCCUCCCGUUCUGUGGGCCCAACGUCAUUGAUCACUUCAUGUGUGACAUGUACCCGUUGUUGGAACUUGCUUGCUCUGACACCUGUUUUAUAGGGCUCACUGUUGUUGCCAAUGGUGGAGCCAUCUGUAUGCUAAUUUUUAUCCUUCUACUAAUCUCCUAUGGGGUCCUCCUAAGCUCCCUGAAGACUCACAGUCAGGAAGGGAGAUGCAAAGCCCUGUCUACCUGCAACUCUCACAUCACAGUAGUUGUCCUCUUUUUUGUUCCCUCUAUUUUCUUGUAUGUUAGAGCUGUUUCCAACUUUCCUGUUGACAAAUCUAUGACUGCAGUCUUCACGCUUAUCACUCCAAUGUUGAAUCCUCUUAUAUACAGCUUGAGAAAUUCUGAGAUGAAAAAUGCUAUGAAAAAAAAAUCUGGAAUAGAAAAUUAACCACAGGUAGACUAAGAAUAUGCUUCCACACUGAAAAUAUUAUUGCUAAUGCUAAAGCAAGAAAUAGGAAAUAAAUUAUCACAAUGACUGCUUUAGUCAGUUCUAUGGAUUCUCUAGGUAUACUUCUCUUUAUUGAUACAAAAAAAAAAAAAAAGGCAUCCAAAAUGUAGAAUAAAUUAUUCUUCUAGGUUAGAAUUAACCUAAUAGAGUCAUUCUGGAGGCUGGAUGAACGGCAUAGGUAUUUUUCUUCUUAUAAACAAAAAUAAAACUAAGCUCACAUUGCAAAUUUAUUUUUCUGAGUAUAUACUGAAACAGGACUUAGAAGAAUUUUUUUUUCCUUCUCUUUUAAAAAGAGUAAAACAAGUUACUUUAGAAAUUUUUCUAUCACUGAAUUUAAUGAGAAAACAUUUUGGCUAACACUUAGAACAAAUUUCUGAGGCCAAGAGAGUGAUGUAAAAUUUUACUGUUCAUUAUCCUCUUAGCACAACAGCUUUUUUUAGCUGUACUUUGCAUUUUGUGUUUAAAAUUACUUCUGUAGUUCUGGCCAAUGUCCAUGUAUUUUUAAUUCUGCAUAUUUAAGUAGGACAUGAUAUUGUGUUUUGUCUGAGACACCAUGAGUGAGUAAUUUUGAUAGAUGGGAUGUGGUUGAUGAAGAAAACUCAUUUUAGUUCUUGAUUAGAGGACAGAUACUGUUUCAAUUUGGGUAUGAAAAUCGCAAUCUAAGUUAUAAACAUAUUUUGCACAUUCCUCAUUAGUUAUUAUGUGCAUUUUUUUUUUGCAGUUCUUAAAAGAGUAGGUAGAGCUUCUGAUUUUGUCUCCAUAAAAUUGAAGAUACGGAAAGAAAUGUGUUAUGUCGCAUAAACAGCAUGUUCCCUAAAAGUUGUAUUAAACUUAAAUGCUUUUUACUUAAAGACUUAGUAAUGAUUUGUUUUGGCAAAAACAAAAUUUUGUUUUUUCAACUUUACGUAAAAAAAUAAGUUUUUCUCAGUCUACAGCCCGUCCAGGGACAUCCCAAAGCCAGAAAGCAGGCAGAAUUUUCUCAGUGUAACAUGGAUCUUUAUCUAUGCUUAACAAGAGUUUAC